GGAGAAAACCCACGAGGUUUGACAGGCGACCCUAGGCGUACUCCUUGUCACGUACUACCGGGGAAUCGAAUGCAUGCCUGUUGACUCAAUGACAGCCCUUAGGAUGCAACACGCACACGCUAACCAUCUGUCCAUAUACCCCCUUUACCCCUCGGUCAACAGAUUUUGAAGUUCACAGAAAUUGGUUGGCUAUUACCCACAGUUUACCAAUAAGACAGUGGUAUACCGAUAAAACAUCAGAAUGGACAUUAGAUUACCCUCCAUUGUUUGCCUGGAUGGAGUUUUUCCUCUCACAAAUAGCUAAACAUUUUGAUCCUGAAAUGUUGAGAGUGAAAAAUCUGAACUAUGCAAGUGAUGCCACCAUCUUGUUUCAAAGACUGACAGUCAUUGUUACAGAUUUCAUGUAUCUGUUUGCUGCUAAAAAGUUUUGUGAUGUUUGUGUUAAGAAGACUAAAGGCAAAGAAUCCGCCUCCAGUAAUAUUUAUCAGAAUCCAUCUUUAAUUAUGGCAGUAUUAUUGAUGGCUAAUUUUGGUCUUUUGAUUGUUGAUCAUAUUCAUUUUCAGUAUAAUGGUGUAUUAAUGGGUAUAUUUAUAUUAUCUAUUGUUUGUAUAUAUCAGAACAAGUUUAUACAAUCAGCUUUAUGGUUUAGUAUAUUAUUAAACAUGAAACAUAUUUACCUGUAUGUUGCACCUGUGUAUUUUGUUUAUUUAUUAAGAUGUUAUUGUUAUAAUCCAAAUAAACAAGGGAGUAAAUUUUCCAUUUCAUCAUUUUCACCGUUAAGAUUAAUUUAUCUUGGUAUGAUAGUGCUAACAGUAUUUGGAAUUUCAUUUGGUCCUUUUAUUUAUAUGGGUCAGCUGUCUCAAGUUUUAUCACGGUUAUUUCCCUUUAAACGAGGUCUGUGUCAUGCCUACUGGGCGCCUAACGUCUGGGCAUUAUACAAUAUAGCUGAUAAAGCUGCUAGUAUUAUAGGUACCAAAUUGAAACUGUUGUCAUCAAUAGCUGUAGAAGAAGCCUCUAUGACAGGUGGAUUAGUACAGGAAUUUAGUCAUACAGUUUUACCAUCUAUAAAACCUAUAUAUACAGUAAUACUUACAUUAAUAGCUAUGUUGCCAGCUUUAAUACAUCUAUUUUUAAAUCCACAAAAAGGAGGUCAGGGAUUUGUGCGUUGUUUGGUUUUGUGUGGUUUUGCAUCGUUUUUGUUUGGUUGGCAUGUUCAUGAGAAAGCUAUACUUAUUAUCAUUAUACCACUGACAUUAUUAAUAUUAGAGAAGAGAGAAGAUGGUAGAUUAUAUUUAUUUUUAUCAACAAUAGGAUUCUAUUCUUUAUUUCCUUUAUUGUUUACACAAUUUGAAACACCAAUAAAAAUAGUGUUGUUGAUACUUCACUGUCUGUAUUCAUUUUCUAGUUUAUCUAAUAUUUAUAGGUCACCAAGUAGCAUACUACCAGUUGUAUCGUGGUACGAAUCUCUGUAUUUACUGGGUAUAAUACCAUUAGAACUCUACAACUCAUUCAUACAUCAUGUUUUAAAAUUAAACAUUACUUUACCAUUUAUACCAUUACUAUUAACUUCAGUCUACUGUUCUAUUGGUGUUUUAUAUGCCUGGCUCAGAUUCUACUCGACAACUUUAAAAUCAUCAACACAUAAAACAAAAACAAGCUAGUUACCAAAAAUAAAGAUUUUUAAUUAUACUC